CUUGCCUGCGGGAUCCUCGGCCUCCCGGGAAGGGGCAGUGCAAGGAGAACAGCUCGGAGGACUAAUCAUCCCCUGCAAAACUGAAAGCCAUGGCCCAGGGAUCAGUGAUGUUCAGUGAUGUAUCUGUGGACUUCUCUCAGGAGGAGUGGGAAUGCCUGGACCCUGCUCAGAGGGACUUGUACAGAGACGUGAUGUUGGAGAACUAUAGCAAUCUGGUGUCAGUGGGAUUUUAUAUUCCUAAGCCUCAAGUGAUCUCCUUAUUGGAACAAGGGAAAGAGCCCUGGAUGGUUGGCAGAGAGCUGACAAGAGGCCUGUGUUCAGAUCUGGAAUCAAUGUGUGAAACCAAGUUAUUAUCUCUAAAGAAGGAAGUUUAUGAAAUAGAAUCAUGCCAGAGGGAGAUAAUGGGACUUACAAAGCAUGGCCUUGAGUACUCCAAUUUUAGAGAUGUUUUGGAAUAUGGAAGCCACUUUGAAAGACAACUGGGAUAUCAAAAUGGGCAUUUCAGUCAAGAAAUAUUCGCUCAUGAAUACAUGCCCACAUUUAUUCAACAGACAUUCUUUACUCUACAUCAAAUAAUUAAUAAUGAAGAGAAACCCUAUGAAUGUAAGAAAUGUGGAAAGGUCUUUAGUCAGAAUUCACAAUUUAUUCAACAUCAGAAAAUUCAUAUUGGUGAAAAAUCUUAUGAAUGUAAGGAGUGUGGGAAAUUCUUUAGUUGUGGCUCACAUGUUACUCGACAUCUGAAAAUUCAUACUGGUGAAAAACCCUUUGAAUGUAAGGAGUGUGGAAAGGCCUUCAGUUGUAGUUCAUACCUUUCUCAACAUCAGAGAAUUCAUACUGGUAAGAAACCCUAUGAAUGUAAAGAAUGUGGGAAGGCCUUUAGUUAUUGCUCGAAUCUUAUUGACCAUCAGAGAAUUCACACUGGUGAAAAACCCUAUGAAUGUAAAGUAUGUGGGAAAGCCUUUACUAAGAGCUCACAACUUUUUCAACAUGUGAGAAUUCACACAGGUGAGAAACCCUAUGAAUGUAAGGAAUGUGGCAAAGCUUUUACGCAGAGCUCAAAACUUGUUCAGCAUCAGAGAAUUCAUACUGGUGAGAAACCCUAUGAGUGCAAGGAGUGUGGCAAAGCCUUUAGUAGUGGCUCAGCACUUACCAAUCAUCAAAGAAUUCACACUGGGGAGAAACCCUAUGAUUGUAAGGAAUGUGGGAAGGCUUUUACUCAGAGCUCACAACUUCGUCAACAUCAAAGAAUUCAUGCUGGUGAGAAACCCUUUGAAUGUCUUGAAUGUGGGAAGGCCUUUACUCAGAACUCACAACUUUUUCAACAUCAGAGAAUUCAUACAGAUGAAAAACCAUAUGAAUGUAAUGAAUGUGGAAAGGCCUUUAAUAAAUGCUCAAACCUUACUCGACAUCUGAGAAUUCAUACUGGUGAAAAGCCCUAUAACUGUAAGGAAUGUGGGAAGGCAUUUAGUAGUGGUUCAGAUCUCAUUCGUCAUCAGGGAAUUCAUACAGGAGAAAAGCCCUCCCAAUGUACGGAGUGUUCCAGAGUCUUCACCUCAGAAUCUGCUCUGAGAAGGCACAAGAAGGACCUCAGGGGAAAGAAGCUUCACACGUAUGAGGAAUGUGGGAAGGACGUCAGCCGCGGCUCCAACCUGUCCAUCCACCGGCGAGUACACACAGGCGAGAAGCCCUACAGAUGUGCUGUGUGUGAGAAGAACUUCAGCCGCAGCUCCAACCUCUCCAUCCACCAGCGCAUCCACACGGGCGAGAAGCCCUUCCGGUGCUGUGACUGUGGCAAGGACUUUAGCCGCAGGGCAGCCCUGCAGAUCCACCAGAGCGUCCACACAGGAAGGAAGCCCCAUGCCUGUGAGGUAUGUGACCGCAGCUUCACCUCACGCUCCAUGCUGGCACGACACCAGCAGGACCAUGCAGGGGACAAGGCCUAUGUGUGUGACACGUGUGGCUGGGGCUUCAGCCAGAGAGCCAACCUUUACCUGCACCAGCGUGUCCACACUGGGGACAGGCCAUUCCGGUGUGAGGCCUGUGGGAAGUGCUUCAGCUGGAGCAAGGACCUGGGCAUCCACCAGAGGGUCCACACAGGAGAGCGGCCCUACAGGUGUGGGGCUUGUGGGAGGGACUUCAGGCAUCGCUCGGCCCUCAAGAGGCACCAGAGGGUGCACACAGGGGAGAAGCCCUAUCCCUGUGCCGUGUGUGGGAAGGGGUUCAGUCAGCAAGUCCACUUGCAGACACACCAGAAGGUGCACUAUAGCAGGAGGCUUCCAAAAUUGGGCUCCACCCAUGCAGGUAGCUUCCAGAGCCAGGGGAAUGCCAGGGCAUGGGUGCUGAGGUGCAUAUCAUGGAUCAGGCUUAAUGGUAUAUGGCAUUUGUUAGUGUGUAAACAGAAAAGAGCACAGAUCAUAAGUGUGCAGGUUGAUAAGUUUUCACAAAAUGAACAUACCUGUGUCCAGCUCUUGGAUGGAGAAACAAAACAUUUCCAUCCCUCUCAAAAGACCUCUGCAUUCCCCCUUCCACUCAGUACCCCACAAAGGGAAUCACUCUCCUGACUUCUAAACCGUAGGUUAGUUUUGCAAGUUCUAGAAUAUCA